UCCCACCGUGUUACAGUAAAAACAAAGAAAAUGAGAUUUGGUGUCGUCGACUCUCCCAUUUCCGCAGACGAGAUCUGUAUGACUCUGUAGACUUUAUAGGACGAAAAUCCUAUAAAAAUCUUCCGAUAACGAAUUCAAUAUCGUUCAUUACCAAUUUGAAUACCGACGCGUUCUGGAGUUCGAGAUAUAUCAUUCCAAUUCCGCGAACCGGAUUAUGGAAUCUUCAUAUAGGUAGACUCGGGAUCAGGAGCGGCCUACUGCGCAUGCUCCGAAUCCCCGUCCGAAUUAACUUUUUCCGACAUCUUUCUUUCGCCCAGUCGAGCACGAGUCGGUUACAAUGGGGCGCCGACCUGCAAGAUGCUACCGGUAUUGUAAAAACAAGCCAUACCCAAAGUCUCGGUUCUGUCGUGGUGUGCCAGACCCGAAAAUCCGUAUCUUCGACUUGGGAAAGAAGAAGGCUUCGGUAGAAGAUUUCCCACUAUGUGUACAUCUUGUGUCAGAUGAAUAUGAACAGCUUAGUUCAGAAGCUCUGGAAGCAGGACGUAUCUGCGCCAACAAGUACAUGGUCAAGAACGCUGGUAAAGAUCAGUUCCACAUAAGAAUGCGACUCCAUCCUUUCCACGUUAUCAGGAUUAACAAAAUGUUAUCGUGUGCUGGAGCUGAUAGGCUCCAAACUGGAAUGAGAGGUGCUUUUGGAAAGCCCCAAGGUACUGUAGCUCGUGUACGCAUUGGCCAGCCCAUCAUGAGCAUCCGAUCGUCCGACCGUCAUAAGGCGUCCGUCAUCGAAGCCCUCCGUCGUGCCAAGUUCAAGUUCCCCGGUCGUCAGAAAAUCUACGUUUCCAAGAAAUGGGGAUUCACAAAGUACGACCGGGCUGUCUAUGAGCAACUUAAAACCGACUGCAGGCUUGCCCAGGAUGGUUGCAAUGUAAAGUAUUUGCCAGAGCAUGGACCCCUAGACGCCUGGAAGAAAUUCAGGGAAAGCUUGGUCGCUUAAAAACUGAUGCAACUUGUAUUCAAGUAUCAAUAAAAUUUGAAAAUUUUAUAAAAUCUA